AUGGCUUUUGCAUUGAAUAAAACGCGGCUUUCAGCAGCCUUGCUAUUUACUAUCCUUCUCAUCUGUGCAAAUGUAUCCGAGGCAUUGUACUUUUACAUUGAUGGAUCAGAAAAGAAGUGCUUCAUCGAGGAGUUGCCAAAAGAAACCAUGGUGACAGGAACAUACAAAGCCGAACAGUACUCGGAUGCCCAAAAACAGUGGAUUGUUAGUCCUGAAUUGAAGAUUCAGAUCACUGUCGAGGAACUUCCUCAAGGACAUGUUGUUGUAGACAGACAGGGUGAUGCCUCUGGUCGUUUUACAUUUACCUCUGCUGAAUCCGGUGAUCAUUCUAUUUGCUUGGCACCAGUGAGCACUGCAUGGUUUGAUUCGUCCAGAACGGUAAAUAUAAUAGGAUAUAUGCAUAAAAUUACAUUCGACAUGGACUUUGAUGAUCCAGCUGGUAGUGAGCAGCACGAUCACGCUGGUACCUUGUCGGACUUGGCCAUGCGUAUCCAUGAAUUGAAUGAGCGUGUACAGGAUAUCCGUAGAGAACAGACUUCCCAGCGUGAACGUGAGGCCGAAUUCCGUGAUCGCUCUGAAUUGACAAAUGCUCGCGCUGUAUGGUGGACUAUUGCACAAAUCAUUAUUCUCGGUGUUGUCUGUGUUUGGCAAAUGCGCUAUUUCAAGCAUUUCUUUGUAGCAAAGAAGCUAGUUUAA